AUGGCUGAACACAGAGAUCACACAGGCGAGCCUAGAAGGCCUAGCGUUCUAUAUGCUGAUGAGACUAAACGAAAACAAAGUGUCGCACAACUGACUUCAAACACGACUGGAGAAGUCCGCAAUCCUCUCGUGGGUAUCCCACGCGAUCAGCUUCUUCAAGAUGUCGAGAACUAUGCCAGCGAAUACCAACUGACUGAUAUUUUGCCGUUGCUUCGCAAGGGCGCUUUGGUCGCCCAAAGUCCUCAUGCGCUCGAACACAUCCCAGAAUUGGAUGACUCAGAACGUCAACGCCUCCGCGAGGAGAUCACCCACCGUUGGAGACAUCCCAGAGUCCUUUACUUCACCAUCAUUCUCAACUCUAUCGCUGCUGCCAUUCAAGGAUGGGAUCAGACUGGUUCUAAUGCCGCCAAUUUGCGAUUCCCAGCCGACAUGGGUAUCCCUGAUUCUGGUCCCGUCUGCACGGCCAAAGGCACUUGCGAGGCCAAUUCGUGGCUCAUUGGGUUCAUCAACUCCUGCCCGUAUAUCGCGAUUGCAUUCUUUGCCGGUUGGAUCUCUGACCCUCUCAAUGACUACCUCGGUCGUCGUGGUACCAUCUUCCUAGGCGCCAUUUUCUCUUUCCUUGCUCCUUUAGGCUCAGCUUUCAUUCAGCACUGGGGUCAAUUGGUAGCGACACGUAUCCUGCUGGGAAUCGGUAUGGGUCUCAAGGAAGUCACAGUACCUGUGUUCUCUGCCGAGAACUCACCCGCAAACAUUCGCGGCGGUCUAGUUAUGUCCUGGCAGGUAUGGACGGCUUUCGGCAUCUUUCUCGGCACAUGCGCGAACCUGGCCAUCAAAGACACUGGCGACAUAGCCUGGCGGUUGCAACUUGGCUCUGCCUUCAUUCCAGCAAUUCCAUUGCUUCUCGGAAUUUGGUUUUGCCCGGAGUCUCCACGCUGGCUCAUGAAGAAGGGUAGGCAUGCGAAGGCUUACAGAGCUCUGCUUCGCCUACGUAACUCCCCUCUCCAAGCCGCUCGAGACCUGUAUUAUAUCCACGCUCAACUCGAACAAGAAGAGAUCCUUGUCAAGGAGUCGGGCGUGGCAGCCCAUGGCAACUUCUUCACUCGAUUCGUCGAGCUUUUCACAAUUCCACGUGUUCGACGAGCCACUCAAGCCUCGGGUAUUGUCAUGAUCGCCCAGCAAAUGUGUGGAAUCAACAUUAUCGCCUUCUACUCGUCCACGGUCUUUUCCCAGGCAGGGGCUAGUUACACGGGGGCCUUGCUAGCAUCCUGGGGAUUUGGCCUGGUGAACUUCGUCUUCGCCUGGCCCGCCAUCUGGACGAUUGACACUUUCGGUCGACGCGCUUUGCUGUUGUUUACAUUCCCCAAUAUGUGCUGGACGUUGCUCGCAGCAGGAUUUUGUUUCUGGGUCCCGUUCAGCUCAAAGGCCCACCUCGGUCUUAUCGCGUUGUUCAUUUUCCUUUUCGACGCUUUCUAUUCACCUGGAGAAGGUCCCGUACCGUUCACAUACUCGGCAGAAGUGUUUCCACUGUCUCAUCGUGAGGUGGGCAUGUCCUGGGCCGUAGCGACAAACAACUUCUGGGCGUCGGUGCUGUCGCUCACAUUCCCACGUAUGUUACAGGCCAUGACGGCUCAGGGUGCGUUUGGAUUCUAUGCGGCUCUCAACGCUAUCGCGUUCGUCAUGAUCUUCUUGUGGCUUCCGGAAACCAAGCAGCGGACGCUAGAAGAGCUGGACUAUGUCUUUGCCGUGCCCACCAGGACGCACAUGCACUACCAGAUUAAUCAGGUUGCGCCUUACUGGUUCAAGACGACGGUCUUGCGUCGAAAGGGUCUUACUCCGCCGCAGCUGUACAAGUUCGAUUCCGACGAGUAUGUUCCGACUGAUACUCGCGAAGAUUAUGGAGAGAAGACUGCCUAGAUAAGCUUAUGCGAGUAUGGCAAGGGCGCCCUAAAACUGGCUCAACGCAGCAAAAGAGUGUCAAUUGCGAACGAAUCCAAGAAGAUCCUGAACGUUUUGAUGACUGUUGUUUGUCCCUCCAGAGGC